UUCUCUUCACGCCCUCCCUCAGUGAUUGAUGCUGGAAAUGCUGUCGUUUGCUGAGCCGCAGCCAUGGAUCCGCCCAGAGAAGCCAGCGGAAGCUGGGAGAAUGAGGUAAGGAAGGGGGGUUAACCCUUUCCUCUCUGGGCUGCAGCUGACCGAGGAGGAGGAGGAGGAAUCACCCGACGGGAUACACUUGCUGUAAUUAACUGAAUCAAGUCACUGCUAUUUCCCGUAUAAGUGUGUGCGCAGGACAGAAUCUAGCCGGGCAAGCAGCCUACCUCCAAAACCAAACCUCAGCUUUAAACCGCUCUGAUAAAGUGUCCCGAGGUCUCCAGGACCAUGUAGUUCGACCUUCAGUUAAAGACCGACCUGUUGCGAAGAUGGUUCAGGGCUGCUGCAUUGUUUUCACUUCAGGCAGAUUAGAGUUUGAAAGUGUCUGACACAAAUUGCUACUCCAUUGCUCAAUGUUUCAAGGAGACCCAGGGAAGUACGUCUCUCCUCAUAGGAGAGACUAAAAUGCAUGUUAUGAAUUGUCUCUCCUUGGUCAAUGAUAAAGAAAAUGGGGCUAUAUCAGUUGCAACUGGAUUAAUGAUUGAAGAUCCGACAACAGAACAAGUGCCACCACCUCCUCCAGCACCCCCGUUGCUGCCACCAUGUUCAGUCACAGGUGCUGGUUUUUCACCUCCGCCACCUGGGGUGCCGCCGCCGCCGCCGCCGCCACCUCUUCCUCCAGGACCAACCCCACCAGCUCCGCCACAGUUUAUAAAUGGGCAUGGCCCCCACAGCAAAAAAAAACGGAUGCGGAGUUUCUUCUGGAAAACAAUUCCUGAAGAGCAAGUCCGCGGUAAAACAAAUAUCUGGACUAUUGCUGCAAGACGGCAGCAGUUCCAGAUUGACACAAAAACAAUUGAGGAGCUUUUUGGGCAGCAAGAGGAAACCAACCUUCAGGGUCCUAGGAGGCGAACUUCAAAAUCAUCAUUUAAAGAUACUAAAGAAGAGAUUUCCAUUUUGGAUUCAAAAAGAAGUAUGAAUAUUGGGAUAUUUCUCAAACAAUUCAAAAAGCCUGCUCAAUCCAUAAUUGAAGAUAUUAAUCAAGGAAAAGGUGAUCUCGGUGGGUGUGAGAUGCUGCGUGAAUUCCUUAAAUUAUUGCCAGAAGCAGAGGAGGUAAAGAAAUUAAAAGCCUUUGAUGGAGAUGUAGCAAAACUGUGUCAAGCUGAUUACUUUAUGUAUUUACUAAUCCAGGUGCCAAACUAUUCUCUUCGGAUUGAAGCUAUGGUGCUAAAGAGAGAAUUCACACCUUCUUGUACUUCUCUGCAGAAAGACAUGGCAAUUAUAAGAACAGCUACGAAAGAGUUAAUGUCAUGUGAGGAACUACAUUCCAUAUUACACUUGGUCCUUCAGGCUGGGAAUAUUAUGAAUGCAGGGGGUUAUGCUGGCAAUGCAGUUGGCUUUAAACUCUCGUCACUGCUCAAGCUGGCAGACACAAAAGCAAACAAACCUGGGAUGAAUCUGCUGCAUUUUGUUGCUUUGGAAGCACAAAAGAAAGAUGUGGUUCUUCUAACCUUUUCAGAAAAAUUACGGCACGUUCAUGAUGCAGCCAGAUUAUCCAUUGAUAAUAUAGAAGCAGAACUUCAUUCUCUAUCUGCCAAGACAAGAUCUCUUAAAGACAAUAUUCAGCAGGACCCAGGACUUUUUCACCAGAUGGAAGGUUUUAUCCAGUUUGCUGUAAAAGAACUAAAAGAGCUAGAAUACUGGAAACGAGAAUUACAGGAGCAAGGAAAUACACUUAUUGACUUUUUCUGUGAAGACAAAGAAACCAUGAAACUGGAUGAGUGCUUUCAGAUAUUCAGGGACUUCUGUAUAAAGUUCAACAAGGCUGUUAAGGAAAAUAGGGAACGAGAGAGCCAAGAAGUUCACCAACUGCAGAGAUUAAGGGAGCUGGAGGAAAAGCGCCGAUCCUGGGCCGCUGGAGAGCUCGGGAGCUUUGGGAGAAGUAGCAGUGAAAAUGAUGUUCAGACAUUGGCUAAAAAAGGACUGGAGGAUUUUCUACCUUUCUUGCAGCAGAGACCUCAAAGUCCUUUGAAUAGAAACCCCAGCUCUAGGCGCUCCCGACUGUCCUUAGGGAUUACUGCAGAUAGAGAGCUUCUGACUUUCCUGGAAAUCUCCAAGGAUGAAGAUCCAAACAAAUUCAACAGCCUUCCUCGUGCAAACACACGACAAGCAAGACCCAGCAUAGACUUGAUUGAAUCCAAAGAGGCUAGAGAUCUCAGUUUAAAUAACUUGAAUUUACACCAAGCAUUUGAAGCCAAAAUGGAUAGCGCAGAUCUGUCUCAGUUGCCUUCAGCUCAGCCCAGUCACUUACAAGAGAUGGAGGUGGGCUCUACCAGUGCUAACCUCUGUUACUCACAAAAGAAUACUGACAACAAGCAGCACCAGUCCAGUGUGCCUGGUGUGGAAGCAACAGCUAUAAAUGCUUGGGCCCUUGCUGUUGAGGAACCUGAAGUUGUUAAAGGGCUACAUAAGUCUGAUAUUCAAGGAACAAAACCUAUGGCAGACAUGCCUCUAAUAAACUUAGAAGACGGUGGUGUGGCAGACUUAGAGACUCUAGAUGACUUGAGCUUGCACUCCCUCAGCACUGCGGAUGAUGAUGAUGCAAUGUCCUCUUACAAAAGUUCCAGAGAGGCCGAAGAUUGUCAAGCCAAGGUGGCAAGCUGCAAGAAUGAAGUUUCAGAGCGUACCAGUAGUGGCCCCACAUCUAUGGAUACAAGCGUUUCUGGCAGUAAAGAACAUGGGCCAACGUUCUAUAUAUCUGAUACUACUGAUUGUUCUCUGACUUUCGACUGUUCAGAAGGAAAUGAUUUAAAAUUAGUGGGCAAUGAAAUGAAAGAUCAAGAUGGCAGAGCUUACUCUUGUGCAAAUGACACUCGAGAUGGGAGUAGUACAGUCACAUCAAAUCUGAAUUCAUCCUCUGCAAAGGAAAUUUCUCUUCAUACUUCCUCAAAUGACAAAGAGGACUCCAGCAGCAAGCACAACUUUCCUAAGGAAAAGCCUGUAAAAUGUAGAGAAUCCUUAGGACCAAAGAGAAACUCUCUAAAAGAUAGAUCUCUAAACUCCUCAAAAUCCAGUGGCACUCGCCCUACCCAGACAGCUACUGCCAGACCAAUAAGAACUUUGAAUACAUCUGAAAGUGUGAGUAUGAGGAAAGUGGUGCCCAUUUCCAGGUCAAACAAAGCACCAAGCAGUCUGAAAAAGCCAGAAGCCAAACCAGCACUUCGAGAGGCCAGUACAACUGAAACACAACUGUCGCGACGCAACUCUAUCCGAGGCACAACAGAAACCCUUUCAAGAACUCCUUACAGGCAUAGCUUAUCAGUAGAGGAGCCAAAAUUACAGCGAGGGACUGCAACUUCCAGCAGUGCCCAUUUUGAGAGGGAUCAAGUUCAGCGCAAGGGCUCUCUUAAAGUGCCAGGUUCUAAAUCUGUCAGAAGUAUUCCCAGAUCAAAACCAGAUGAAAGUAAGAUUUGUCGCUCCACUGUAAAACCUCAGGCCCUUUCAGAUGCUAACAAAAGCACGACAGCCAGUGCUCCCAAGACACCGUCCUCUAUACCAAACUUUGCAAGGAACACAGUGGCCUCCUCCUCAAGGAGUGCCAAGGUGGAUCUACCUAACUCUUCAAAAACUCCAAGAAUCACAAGAUCAGUGUCUCAGAGGCUACCUAGAAUGAGGCCAGCAGCAACCUCUGAUGACCUCAUCCCCAAGGAGAAUCCUGGAAACUCCCUAAAACGAGCAAGUAGUGCUCGAGUUGUCAAAAGAAAUACCGACCAUAGUGAUAUUCUCAGUGUUAAAGUGGAACCUACAGCAAAGGAACAAGGGAUGAUGGAAAAGUCAUCCCUUAAAUUGAAAGAUGCAAACCGGACCACAAUAGGGAAGAUAUUUAAACCAUUAUUAAAAUAAGGGUUUGGGUUUUUUGACAUCUUGGAAUAUGAACACAUGUUUAAACACUGGAUUUCUUGUGAAAUAUCCAAAACAGUAAUAUCACUGUUUAAUAACAUCUCCUGGUAUCUAAUGAACAGUACACCAUCCGAGGACAGCAACUGCUUUUGUUCUGGUCUUCGUCCUGUAAGCAUGAAUUUGAAUGUAUUUAAUGUUACUGUGGUGGAGUACAAGUGCCACAAAUCUUUUGUGCAUUUGUGAUAUAGUACAUUGCUAAAAAAACAAACUUGAAGGAAUUUAAAACUACCAAUUGAAAUGCUUUUGUGACAUGAAAAGAAAAAAAAGGGGGGUGGGGGUUAUGGCCAGUUUUUUUUUUUUUUUUUUAAGGCUUAAGCAGUUACACUAGUUGGUUCCUUUAUUCAAAGUUGAAACGACGCCUUUGGAAUGGUGCAGAAAAUGAACUUUGGUGAAGAUGCUUUCUGUCACUCUUGAUUCCUUGGAUUCAGAGAGUCAUCUGUGCCUGUUGCAAAGUCCAUUGCUGGCAAUUGGACACACUGGGAACUGCUGGCCUGAAAAUGGUGAAACAGGACAUUCACUGUUUAUGGCUGUCUUAACCUCAUUGAAGAAUUUAUGGCAUGCCUUAUUGUGUAUAUGUGUCUGUCUGUGUAGGAAGGAAGGAAAACUCUGCUGGGCAGAAAGUUUAUUCUCCAUGAGUGUGGCAGAAUUGUCUUGCACGUACAAGUAGACUAUAGUAAAAAAUGACUGGUGCUGGAUGUAGUAGUGCAACUGGAGGUCACGCCUAUUGGAAAUACCACCAGUAGCUGUUAGGGAUAAUAAUUACUCAUGUUCUGACUCGUUUCAGUCAGAUGCAAACUUGCCAGCUUUUGGUAAUACAAAAGUGCCAUAUUUAUAAUACAUAUCAAAGGUGAUGCAUUCAACAUUUGAAGGCUGCAACCUGGUGCCGAGCACUUUCUUACCAUUCCUUAUUUCCACUGGUUUAUCUACUAUCAAAUUACUUGAAUGUUGCUAUGGCUCCGAAACAGCCAUUUCCCUGCCGCCUCCUCCUCCUUUCUUUGUCAACAGGAGCAUUUAGCAGGAGAAACACAGCUUACGCAUGGACAAUGUUUUGUAAAUUAAGCUUCUUUGGCUGCUUCAAAUGUGGUUUUUAAUGUUUAAAGUGGCUAAAGGAUGAAUUAAAGACAUGUUUUAAACUAGUGUUUCAUAAGCUUUUUUAAAAAAAUACCUUUUUUUCUGCAGAAACAAAUUUUAACACCAUGUCAGAUUAAGAUACAGAGAAUGAGGGAAAACUUGUUUUAACAUGCUCUGUGCCUUCCCAAGAGAAAUGUAUGUAGGUGUGGGGAAACUGACGGUCUCUAAAUAUGUUGUUUAAAGAGCUGCCUUUUUAUUCACUUACGAAUGAAACCUCAUUUUUAAAAAAAUCAUAAAAUGAAAUCUAUUUGGAAAGUUGUCUUUCUGCCUACUGAUACAUCACUCCCACCCCACCCAACCCCCCCUCCUUUCCAUUAGGAGUGUAUACUUCAUUCAGAAUUAACUACCUGCCCACGCACUUCCAUGGGCUAGCAACUAACCAACUGGGUACAGCUAGCUAUAUGAUUUUAAUAAAGCAAGUGGCCCUUAACCAAGCAGAUCCCACUGUGGACAGCAUACCAAAACACUAUCAGCUGUUCCAUGGGACGUCUUGUGAGAGUCUGUCUCAAAGUGAGAAUUUUUAUAAUCAAUUCACAGGCAAGGACCUCAGUGAAUAUUGCUUUAAAUCUCAUAAGCUUUCGGAUCUUCCCUCCCUUGUGGGUUAAAUAUGAAAGCGUGUCCCUUAGCUCUGUGUGUCCUUGUGUACACAUUUGUGAGAGCAGGUGACUUUUUUUUUAAACUCUUUUAUUGGUAGUAAGCUUGAAACAAUGUAAUUUAAAUAUGUUUGGAAAAUGUAAAUAAAUAUCUAUAUAAAUGUCUGUAAAAACAAACAAUGUAUUUAAUGGACCAUUUAUACAUUUCUGAGUAACUUGGUAGUUUAAUAAAGUUCCCACUUACCAGA